GCGCACUACCCCGAGAAACGUGCGACGGGAACCUCCGCGGUUCCCCAAGUUCGCCUCCUUCACUACUCUCGCGCCCCGGCACGCCUGAAAAACCCCACCCCUCCUGCCGCUCCGCCUCUCCCAUCACUUCCCACGCCCCUCGCCGCCUCCCAUUCCAGCGUGGACACGACGCCACUCGCCAGCACGGAGACGCGCGCCUCGAAGCACUACUGCACUAGCCAGCCGUCGUUCUUCCGCGCCGGCGCCAUGCACCGGGUGCUCGUGAGCUCGCUUGUGGCCGCCACGCCGCGAUGGCUGCCCCUCGCCGACUCCAUCCUCCGGCGCCGCCGGCCGCGCUGCUCCCCUCUUCCCGUGCUGAUGUUCGAUCGGAGGGCUUGGUCCAAGCCAAGGAAGGUCUCACGAGGCAUUUCAGUGGCGUCCAGGAAAGCUAACAAACAGGGAGAAUACUGUGAUGAAAGUAUGCUGUCGCAUAUCAUGUGGUGGAAAGAGAAAAUGGAGAGGUGCAGAAAACCAUCAUCCAUACAAUUGACUCAGAGGCUUGUGUAUUCAAAUAUAUUAGGGUUGGAUCCGAAUUUAAGAAACGGAAGCUUGAAAGAUGGAACCCUGAACAUGGAGAUUUUGGUAUUUAAAUCAAAAUUUCCUCGUGAGGUUCUACUUUGCAGAGUAGGAGAUUUCUAUGAAGCUAUCGGUUUUGAUGCCUGUAUUCUCGUAGAGCAUGCAGGCUUAAAUCCUUUUGGAGGUUUGCGUUCCGACAGUAUUCCUAAAGCUGGGUGUCCAGUCGUGAAUUUACGGCAGACAUUGGAUGAUUUGACUCGAUGUGGUUAUUCCGUGUGCAUAGUCGAGGAAAUUCAAGGCCCAACUCAAGCCCGUGCUCGGAAAAGUCGAUUUAUUUCUGGGCAUGCCCAUCCUGGUAGUCCUUAUGUAUUUGGUCUUGCUGAAGUAGACCAUGAUGUAGAGUUCCCUGAUCCGAUGCCUGUUGUUGGGAUUUCACAUUCUGCAAAAGGUUAUUGCUUGAUAUCUGUGCUAGAGACAAUGAAAACUUAUUCAGCUGAGGAGGGCUUAACAGAGGAGGCUAUUGUUACUAAGCUCCGCAUAUGUCGUUAUCACCAUCUAUACCUUCACAAUUCUUUGAAGAAUAAUUCUUCAGGGACAUCACGCUGGGGUGAAUUCGGUGAAGGUGGGCUCUUGUGGGGAGAGUGCAGUGGGAAGUCCUUUGAGUGGUUUGACGGUUCACCUAUUCAAGAACUUUUAUGCAAGGUACGGGAAAUAUAUGGCCUUGAUGAGAAAACGGUUUUUCGCGAUGUCACCGUCUCAUUGGAAGGCAGGCCCCAACCUCUUCAUCUUGGGACUGCUACUCAAAUUGGAGUCAUACCAACUGAGGGAAUACCGAGUUUGUUAAGAAUGGUGCUUCCUUCAAAUUGUGGCGGGCUUCCAUCAAUGUAUAUUAGAGAUCUUCUUCUUAAUCCUCCAUCAUUUGAGGUUGCAGCAGCGAUCCAAGAGGCUUGCAGGCUUAUGGGCAACAUAACCUGCUCCAUUCCUGAAUUUACAUGCAUAUCAGCAGCAAAGCUUGUGAAACUACUUGAGUCGAAAGAGGUCAAUCACAUUGAAUUUUGUAGAAUAAAAAAUGUCCUUGAUGAGAUUAUGCUCAUGAACAGGGAUGCUGAGCUUUCUGCAAUCCUGCAUGAAUUACUGGUACCUGCUUCUGUGGCUACUGGUUUCAAAGUUGAAGCUGAUAUGCUAAUGAACGGAUGUAGCAUUAUUUCACAACGAAUAGCUGAAGUGAUUUCUUUAGGUGUUGAAAGUGAUCAGGCAAUAACUUCAUUGGAAUAUAUUCCAAAGGAGUUCUUCAAUGAUAUGGAGUCAUCUUGGAAGGGGCGCGUGAAAAGGAUCCAUGCUGAAGAAGAGUUUGCAAAUGUUGAUAGGGCUGCUGAGGCAUUAUCAAUUGCGGUCAUUGAAGAUUUUAUGCCAAUUAUUUCGAGGGUGAAAUCUGUAGUGUCCUCGAAUGGAGGUUUGAAAGGAGAAAUCGGUUAUGCAAAAGAACAUGAAGCUGUUUGGUUUAAAGGAAAGAGAUUCAUACCAAAUGUAUGGGCUAACACACCUGGUGAGCAGCAAAUAAAACAACUGAAGCCUGCAAUUGAUUCAAAAGGCAGAAAGGUUGGGGAGGAAUGGUUUACAACAAGCAAAGUUGAGAAUGCUUUAGCCAGGUACCAUGAAGCUUGUGAUAAUGCAAGAAAUAAAGUUCUUGAGCUGUUGAGAGGCCUUUCUAGUGAAUUGCAGGACAAAAUUAACAUACUUGUCUUUUGCUCAACACUGCUCAUCAUUGCAAAAGCACUUUUUGGUCAUGUUAGUGAGGCUCGAAGAAGAGGUUGGAUGCUUCCUACUAUAUCUCCCUUAUCAAAGGACUGUGUUGUGGAGGAAAGUUCAAGUGCAAUGGAUUUAGUAGGACUAUUUCCUUACUGGCUUGAUGUUAAUCAAGGAAAUGCAAUAUUGAAUGAUGUCCACAUGCACUCUUUAUUUGUUCUUACUGGCCCAAAUGGUGGUGGUAAAUCUAGCAUGUUGCGAUCAGUCUGUGCAGCUGUGCUUCUUGGAAUAUGUGGCCUGAUGGUACCUUCAACUUCAGCUGUAAUCCCACAUUUUGAUUCCAUUAUGCUGCAUAUGAAAGCCUAUGAUAGCCCAGCAGAUGGGAAAAGUUCAUUUCAGAUUGAAAUGUCGGAGAUACGUGCUUUAGUCAGCCGAGCUACUGCUAGGAGUCUUGUUCUGAUUGAUGAAAUAUGUAGAGGCACAGAAACUGCAAAAGGAACAUGUAUAGCUGGUAGCAUCAUUGAAAGACUUGAUAAUGUUGGCUGCCUAGGCAUCAUAUCAACUCACCUGCAUGGGAUUUUCGACCUGCCUCUCUCACUUAGCAACACUGAUUUCAAAGCUAUGGGAACUGAAGUGGUCGAUGGAUGCAUUCAUCCAACAUGGAAACUGAUUGAUGGCAUAUGUAGAGAAAGCCUUGCUUUUCAAACAGCAAGGAGGGAAGGCAUGCCUGACUUGAUAAUCACCAGGGCUGAGGAGCUAUAUUUGAGUAUGAGUACAAAUAACAAGCAGGGAGCAUCAGUGGCGCACAAUGAGCCUCCUAAUGGCAGCCCCAGUGUAAAUGGCUUGGUUGAGGAGCCUGAAUCUCUGAAGAACAGACUAGAAAUGCUGCCUGGUACCUUUGAGCCGCUGCGGAAGGAAGUUGAGAGUGCUGUUACUACGAUGUGUAAGAAAAUACUGUCGGACCUUUACAACAAAAGUAGCAUCCCAGAACUGGUCGAGGUGGUCUGCGUUGCUGUAGGUGCUAGAGAGCAACCACCGCCUUCCACUGUUGGCAGAUCUAGCAUCUACGUGAUUAUCAGAAGCGACAACAGGCUCUAUGUUGGACAGACGGACGAUCUUCUGGGGCGCUUGAACGCCCACAGAUCGAAGGAAGGCAUGCGGGACGCUACGGUAUUAUACGUCUUGGUCCCUGGCAAGAGCGUUGCCUGCCAGCUGGAAACCCUUCUCAUAAACCAGCUCCCUUCGAGGGGCUUCAAGCUCAUCAACAAGGCAGACGGGAAGCACAGGAACUUCGGUAUAUCUCGAAUCUCUGGCGAGGCAGUUGCUACUGGACGGAACUAG